AUGGAGCAGAACUACGAUGAUCUGGAACCCUCGUUCAGGAUAGGCGAUGCAGUCAUGGGUCGGGGAGGAAGCAUCGCCGACCUAUGCCAGGCUUAUUUAGGAGGCCUGGACACCCCAUUAGAAGACCUUACUUCUGUCGCAUCAGCACGGACGGACACUUCCUCGUCCUCCUCUUCCUGCCACGGACGCAUGCGUGUUACUGAUUGGACUGGACAGGUAGAGUUGUGGGCGAAGGAGAUCCUACAGGGCCAUGGAGUCGACCCAUACAGCGUUAAUCUACAGCCCCUGACUACCAUCUCCGGCAGGCAGCUCCUUCUUCUCUCACACACCCAGCUGAGAGGCUUCCUGGGUGACUACUGUGCUGAUCUACUACACCAGGAGCUGCAGAACCUUCAGUAUGGAGGCAGCAUGUUAGUGACAUCGACUUUCCCAAGAGACGUCUGGAGCUCAUCUACCUCGUCCCACACCACCACCGAUUGGAAGGCUUCUGGACAGAAUAAGAACGACUCUACUCAAUGGACAAAUCCAAUGCCUUUCCCUCAAUCGCAUAACCUAGAGGCUUCAGGUUCAUAUUACCAUUUGAAAAACUUGGGAACUUCCAGACAUUUUCCAGAUGAAAGUUCCUGGACCGCCUCUGGUAAGAACUCCAACAGGACGAGCUCCUACGACUCCCCAGGUCUUCUGCACGACUCCACUGACUUUAGACAUGGAUCAUAUCACGAAAAAACUGACUUGGGACCUGACUCCUAUCAUGGCACUGCGGACAUUAGAUCACGGGAGUGUUAUUAUAAUCACAGGGAACAUGAUUCCUAUCGUAGCCUGGACGAAAACGUUCCCUGUUCUUCCUCCUCUUCUUCCUUCCAUGACCAACAACAUACCUGCCCCUCAACCUCCACCUCUUCCCACCAUGACCAACAACAUACCUGCCCCUCAACCUCCACCUCUUCCCACCAUGACUCGAGUCAACAUGGGCCAUUAUUCUCUCUGUCGUCCGGGUCCUUCUACAGUCCACAGGGCUGGAGCAGCGCUGGGGGUGCCUACAGCGCACACGAUUGGACACAGGGGGGAGAAGAUGACCUGGAACCUCCCCAUCAGUUGACACCCAAAAGAAGGCGACGAAGAAAACAGCACGUGGACUCCGACCAGCUAGCGGGGGCGUUGGUGACCUUGGAGCUUCAAGAGGAACACCACCUGACGACGAGGCAUGAGGAGGAGGAGCCAUCUGGGCAGGUGAAUGAAGAUGACGUUAGUGGUGAAUGUGGUGGUGGAGCAGAUGGCGGUGCAGGUGGAGCAGGUGAUGGUGGAGCAGAUAGUGGUGAUGGAACGGCUAGUACCAUUGACCUGGAACACUUUCUCUCAGGAGACGUUCUGAAGAAGAUUCCGUCCAAGACUAGAAAGCGAGGUGAGAUUUACUGCUCUCCUUCUUCGUCGAUCUUCUUCGUCAAUCUUUUUCUUCUUUAA